AUGGAUAGUACAUUGCGCCAACCGAAGAAACGCUUUGUCGGAAGACGAACGGCCGAUGCACAGGCUCAGGUGACUCCAGCCAGUGGUGAUGUCGAGUCUACAGCUGUGGAAAAAGCUGCACCUCGUCGCACCCCAAGAACUUUGAAUCAAGUUCCAGCAGAAAUCCUCAAUGAUCCCGAAAUUCAAGCCGCCAUCGAACUCCUUCCAAAGAACUACUCCUUCGAAAUCCCAAAGACUAUUCACCGAGUCCGCACAUCCGGAGCUAAGCGCGUAGCCUUACAAUUCCCCGAAGGCCUCCUCAUCUUCGCUACCACUAUCUCCGAUAUUCUCCAACAAUUCUGCCCCGGAAUUGAAACCCUGAUCAUGGGCGAUGUCACAUACGGCGCCUGCUGCAUUGACGAUUACACAGCUCGGGCACUAGGCUGCGACCUCCUAGUCCACUAUGCACACAGUUGUCUGAUUCCUGUGGACGUUACCAAGAUUAAAACAUUAUAUAUCUUUGUCGACAUCAGCAUCGACACAACACACCUGAUUGCUACACUUGAGCGAAACUUUAAACCAGGUCAAACUAUUGCCACGGUCGGAACUAUUCAAUUCAACGCUACUCUGCAUGGGUUGAAGCCUGUUCUGGAACGCGCGGGCUUCAAAGUCGUCGUGCCCCAAAUUAUGCCGUUAUCCAAGGGCGAAAUUCUCGGCUGCACAUCUCCCCAACUAUCAAAUACAGAAAUCGAUGUUCUGCUUUAUCUCGGUGAUGGUCGCUUUCAUCUCGAAUCGGCUAUGAUUCAAAAUCCUUUGAUACCCGCUUACAGAUAUGAUCCUUAUUCGAGAAGUUUGACUCGUGAAAGCUACGAUCAUGAAGAAAUGCACACCAUCCGACGCGAUGCUAUCAAUACUGCUAAGAAUGCUAAGAAGUGGGGAAUCAUUCUCGGUUCGCUCGGUCGACAGGGAAAUCCAAAUACCAUGGCUAUGAUCGAGCGCCAUCUAGCCGAGCGUGGUAUUCCUAUCGUCAAUCUGCUCUUGAGUGAAAUCUUCCCAGGUAAAUUGGCCUCCAUGUCAGAUGUUGAGUGCUGGGUUCAGAUUGCUUGUCCUCGUCUUAGUAUUGAUUGGGGCUAUGCGUUUGCUCGUCCGUUGCUUACGCCUUAUGAAGCGUUGAUCGCGCUUGGUGUUCGUGAAAACUGGGAUACUGCGAAUGAAGGAGUGUAUCCUAUGGACUUUUAUGGUAAGGAAGGGCUUGGGCGGACGAAGCCUGAGCAGGCUAUUCAGGGUGCGGCUUGA